AUGUCUUUGGUGGAGUCCGGAAUUACACAAUCCGCAUUCGCGGUACGGCUACCAGAGUCCGGGGGCUGUCAAAACUUUAAUCCACUCAUCUCACCGAAGACCAACUCCCUGAACCCCUGUUUUUGGGCACUGGUGGUUUUUGGUGUAGCCGUUGCUGGAGGGGCUGUUUGCAUCGGUCAAAAUAUCAGUCUGAAAUUGACGACGCCGAGAAUCAGGAGAACCUCCCGAAAUCGCUAUGACAUAGCCAAGCUGGGCCUGGUGGGUGUGUAUGCACUGUUGGCGUUGGUUCUCACAAGCCUUGUUUCCUCUAGAGGAUAUGACGAUCACAAGUUUAUGGUGAUAUCUUAUGGAGCUUCGGUUUUGGUGGUGAUAUUUGGGGUUUUUCCUCUCCAUAUUGAAGAAGCUAGGGCUUCGCUAAUACCCUGUGGGUGUUUGCUCCUAUUCUGGGGCUUCCAUAUAAUGAUUAAUUUGGGACUCCUGAUACAGCAAGUAUUUGGAGAAGUUGUGCCGAUUGCGGCUGAUAAUGCUGCACCAGUUCUCGCUGUGCUACUGGUUCUUUCUUCUUCGAUUCUGUUCCUGGAACUGGCUUAUUGGGUAGCCAACGAAAGGCUGGUGGAAGCGUACAAAGCACGAAAAAUGAGUACUAAUAUCCACAACUUGUUCUCUGCGUUGACGUUCUCUUGGAUGAACUUUUUGAUCAAUGAGUGUCACAGAAAACAGACUUUGGAUGACAAGGACAUUCCUAGUCUUCCAGACAUGAUAGAUGCGAACUACUCUUCUUCCAAAAUGAAAUAUUUCUGGAACAAACAGCUCCAACUCAAAAAUAAGAAGGCGUCGCUGCUGAUCGCUCUUAUCCAAUCAUUCUGGAGGGUGGUCUCGAUUGCAUGUUUCUUCGAUUUUUCAGAGAGCGUGAUUUCAUUUGCCCAACCACAACUCCUCAGAUUACUGAUUGCAUACUUCGGUAAAACCACCAAUGAUUAUCCUUUGAUCUAUGGGUUCUCCCUGGCUUUUGCAAUGUUUGUUGUGUCUGUUGCUGAGACAUCAUUACACAACCAGUACUUCAUCAAGACGGUGGAAGCUGGUCUGGGAGCCAGGUCUGCGCUGAUGACCUUGGUGUAUGAAAAAUCGCUCUCAAUUUCUCCUGAGGCUAAGAUGGAGAGGUCAACGGGUGAUAUAGUGAACCACAUGUCUGUGGAUGUGAUGAGGGUUCAGGACAUGACGGAGUAUCUUCAAACGAUGGUAUCCACCCCAACGAAACUGGCCUUGGCAUUAUUCUUGUUGUUCCGUAUACUUGGUCCCUCUACUUGGGGUGGUAUUGUCGUUCUCGCCAUCAUGCUACCAAUCAACUCUUUGCUGGUAAAGCGACUGCGAUCAUUUCACAAGCAACAGAUGAAAUUCAAGGAUAAACGAACUAGUAUUGUAUCCGAGAUCCUGAUGACCAUUAAGAGCAUUAAGCUUUAUGCCUGGGAAAAGCCAAUGCUGGAGAAGCUGUCAGAUGUGAGAAAUAACCAAGAACUGAAAAAUCUCAGCAAGAUCGGUGUUUUUGCUGCCAUAGUCAACUUUGCUUGGACCUGUGUUCCGUUCUUCGUUUCGUGUGUCUCGUUUUCAAUCUACGCUUUGACUUCCUCGGAGCCUUUGACACCAGAAAUCGUGUUUCCUGCUCUAUCCCUUUUCAACUUGUUGAGUGAACCGAUAUUCGAGAUUCCGGCUCUUCUUACUUCCAUGAUAGAGAGCAGCGUUUCCUUGAAUCGGCUAUCGUCUUUUCUCACUGCUGAUGAUAUAGACGAGGAACUGGUGCUGAACCUUCCCAAACAGACUAAUCAUAAAGGAGUCGCUGUAGAAGUCAAAAACUGCACUUUUUUAUGGAGCAAGAACUCACCAUCUUCUGAGGGUGAUGAUGAAGAAGCUGUCGUUGACUCAGAAGCGUCCUCAAAAGUUGCACUCAGAGAUAUCAACUUUACAGCACACAAGGGUGAAUUAUCGUGCAUUAUUGGAAGGGUGGGCUCCGGCAAAUCCACGUUUAUCCAGUCCAUUCUUGGUGAGUUGGCAUGUGUAUCCGCAGAUGUGUAUCUUCCGGCUUCGAUCUCAAUCAGAGGCUCUGUGGCUUAUUGUUCCCAAGUCGCUUUUAUCAUGAAUGCCACUGUCAAAGAGAACAUCUUGUUCGGAGCAAAAUUUGACCAAGACUUUUACGAUAAAACAAUUGCAGCCUGCGAGCUUGUGGCGGAUUUGAGUGUUCUUCCUGAUGGUGAUGAUACGCUCGUUGGUGAGAAAGGAAUCUCUCUCAGUGGAGGCCAGAAAGCAAGGGUUUCCCUCGCCAGGGCUGUCUACGCUCGUGCUGAUGUAUAUCUAUUCGACGAUAUACUGAGUGCUGUUGAUGCUCAUGUGGGACAAAACAUCGUCAAGAAUGUUCUCAGUAACGAAGGUAUACUUCACUCGAAAACGAGGAUACUUGCAACGAACUCGGUCACCAUUCUUCCAACUGCGGAUAAGAUCACGUUGAUAAAGAACAAGUCCAUUUUGGAAACAGGCACAUUCGGGGCUCUCAUGUCUAGCAAAUCUGGUGUAUAUGAAUUGAUAAAGGAGUUUGGAUCAUCUGAGGGUGACGACGAGCCUCUAAGCGUUGAUUUCGACGCAAACUUGACAGAAGGCCAGGAAUCCUCUUCCGUCACAUCUGUUGAUACAUCUUCAUCCGAAUCCUCAAAUGUUUCUCUUGGUUUGGAAAACCACAAAGCGCAAUCGCAUGAGCUCACCAAAGUAUCUUCACACCAAACCCUCAGAAGAGCAUCCAUGGAAUCGGCUCACACUCCUAUUCACAUUCUCCACCAAGAUGAGCAUAAGAAGAAAAAGACCUUCAUCAAGUCGGAAAAGACAAACGCGGGAAAAGUCAAAUGGUCUGUUUAUGGCGAGUAUGCUAAGGCCUGUGGUUUUGACGGCGUUCUUUUGCUGUUGUUCUUCAUGAUAAUGACUACAACGCUUUCGGUGAUGGCCAACUAUUGGUUGAAACAUUGGUCAGAAAACAACGCAGAGGAUGGUGCAAACAGUAGGCCUCUUUGGUUUAUCUCGAUCUAUGCUGUUCUCUGUAUAAGUGCCUCUUUGACUACUUUGUUCAAGUCCAUCACCAUGUGGCUGCUGUGCUCUUUGAGAGGUGCCAGAAAUCUGCACGAUCGAAUGGCCAAAGGUGUUAUAGGUUCACCAAUGGAGUUCUUUGAGACCACCCCUCUAGGCAGAGUAACCAAUAGAUUCUCACACGAUGUAAACCGUGUCGAUGAAAGUUUGGCCAGAAUGUUUGUGAGCGUUGGAGACUCGUUAUUUCGAAUCAUUUUCACUCUCGGAGUGAUUGGCUAUUCGCUCCCCCUCUUUUUGGUAUUCAUGUGUUGUCUUUCUGUGAUCUACUAUUACUACCAGAAAUUCUAUCUCUCUACGAGCAGAGAGUUAAAAAGAAUGACCAGCAAUGCGAGGUCGCCCAUCUACUCCCAUCUUCAGGAAACAAUCAAUGGAACAGAUACUAUCAGGGCUUUUGGAGAGCAGAACCGGUUCUCUUUGCUGAAUAUCGGUAACAUCAACUACUCCAACAAGUCGCUUUACUCCAUGAAGUCAGUGAAUCGGUGGUUGUCCACCAGAUUGCAAUUUCUGGGUUCUGUGAUUAUCUUUGUCGCAUCCUCUCUGGCGAUCGUCUCUCUUACCUCUGCGAACCCUAUGUCGGCUGGAAUGGUAGGUUUGGUGAUGAACUAUGCUUUGAGGGUAACUAACUCUUUCAAUUUCAUUGUGAGAAGAUCGGUUGAGGUCGAAAGCAAUCUCGUGUGUGUAGAGAGGAUGCUGGAAUAUAUCAAUCUUCCCCAAGAGGAAGAUCCCCAAACCGUAUCAGAGUUUCCAUCACCACCUAAAGAAUGGCCAGAGUUCGGAGCUGUUGAGUUUAAGAAUUACUCCGCGAGGUACAGAAAGAACCUAGAUCCUGUUUUGAGAAAUGUGUCUUUAUCAAUCAAGAGUUGCGAAAAGAUUGGAGUUGUGGGAAGAACUGGAGCAGGAAAGAGCACGCUUGCUCUUGCAUUGUUCAGACUCAUAGAACCAGCGGACGGACAUGUGGAAGUUGACCAUCUCAAUACUGGCAAUUUGAAGCUGUUUGACCUGAGAAGGAAACUUAGUAUCAUUCCUCAAGACUCACAGGCAAUAGGUGGAACAGUCAGGAUGAAUCUGGAUCCACUGGGGCAAUAUACCGACGAUCAGCUUUGGUCAGCUUUGGAAAUGGCACAUCUGAAAGAGCAUGUCAUGCAAAUGACCACUACCAAUAAACCCGAUGAUACCCACGAGUUUCCUCAGAACUCAGUUGGACUGGACGCCAAAGUUGCCGAGGGAGGUUCCAAUUUCUCGGUAGGCCAGCGCCAGCUACUUUGUCUGGCUCGCGCAUUGCUAAAUCCUUCAAAGAUCCUGCUGCUGGAUGAAGCUACGGCUGCGGUUGAUGUUCAAACAGACCGCAUUGUACAGGAGACAAUUCGGAGCUCUUUCAAAGACAGAACCAUCAUCACAAUUGCUCAUAGACUAGACACUGUGAUGGACAGUGACAAAAUAGUUGUUUUGGAAACGGGAGAAGUCAAAGAAUUCGACAGUCCUUCUUCUCUACUGAAAGAUAAGACCUCGAAGUUCUACAAAUUAUGCGAAAGUGGAGGUUAUCUCGACCGUUUGGUUGGCGCACACAAGCUCGAUGAGGGGGUUUAG